AUGAAAGUAACAUCGAAACGAGUACAUAUACAGAAAUCAAAAUAUCGCCUUGUACCACCUACUGUUUCUUAUUCCAACGUCUUAUCAUUAAUAAGCUCUACUGGCUCUCGUCAUCGUUUAAGAACGUUUAAUAAUCAAAUAAUGAAUAUCCAAUCAUCAUCGGCAGGCAGUUCUAGUAAAGUGUUUGGUGUUGCUGGUGCCUGUAGUUUAGCAUUAGGUAGUUUAUUAUUUGGUAGCUAUUGGUUAGGUAAUAAACGUGCAUCAAAUAAUUAUCGUUGUUCAUGUGAUCAACAACAGUCAAAAAAGAAGUCAAAACGAACUAAUAACAAUGUUAACCAAUCUGUAUCAUUAACAUCAACAGCAUCGUCCGGCUAUCAUUCAGUAUCAAAUACAACUAAUAAACAAGAACGUCAACAACAUCAAUCACAUUGUUCUUGUUGUCCAUUUAAUAAUAAUUUUUCUGAACUUAACAAAGCCAAUGUUGAACAUUAUUGUGAUUCGUUAGCUCAAGAAAUUUUAACGGCUGCCUGUGAAACCACACGUAACGUUUAUCCACAUUUAACACGCUAUUUAUUAUUUAAUAGUAACAACAAUAAUAAUCAGAAUAAAAAGUCAUUAAGAAAAAAAUCUUUAUCCUGUUCACCGAUUAAUCGUCUAAGACGUAUACCAACAGCACUAGUCAAACGUCCAACAACAACAAAAAAUCGUCACGUUUCAACUACAUAUCAUUCAAAUGAUGUAUGGCAACAUUAUGAUAUGACUGAUCCAAAGCUUACUGCUGAUGAUGAAAGUGAAAUUGAAGACGAAUUUAACUAUGAUGAUAGUUACGAAGAAAUGGAAGAUAAUAAAAAAUCUAAUUCAUAUUCAAAAACGUAA